GACCCGCCAGUCUCGCCGCGGACGAGAACGAGAGUUCGCGAGAGCCGUGACGUGAAACGGCCCUUCCGGCUCGCUAGUGCCUGUAAACCCCGUCCUCUUGGUGAACUGUAUUAUAAUCGAUCUGGGGCGCACUUGCCCAGACAUGUUCGCUUUCCCGAGCCUGUGAACAAAGUCAAUGGCCGAUGUAAACCGCCGCGGAGCGUGCCCUGUCGUCAGCGGAAGUCCUGACUUUAAGUGUUUAACAGCUCGCGGUGUCUUUUACGAUGCCUCACUGCCGAGCCUUUGGCUGUUCAGAACACAGUGGUCGCAGACAGAACCUAGGACCGGGUCUAGAGAAAGUCAAACUGUUCGCUUUUCCAAGGGACCGGCAGCUGGCCAAGCGAUGGGUAACAAACAUGGGCACUGACAUCGGGCCCCUCGACAGGUUUCUGGACGAGAUCCGGCACGACGUCCAUUCCAAUAAGUACAGGUUGUGCAGCAGACAUUUCACCCCCGAAAUGUUCAGGCGCGACCUGGAAGCUGAGUUAACAAACACUGAACCCAGACUUCUGCUGAAAGCAGGCGCUGUUCCGACCGUGUUUCCUCAUAGCAAGCAGCCAGCGAGAAGAGGGCGCAAGAGGAAGGCGAUAUCCGCGCUUGAAGAACAACAGGCAAGCUCGCUUCGAGCAGGGGGAGCUGAGGCCACAGGAGGGAGCAAGAGGAAGAGGAGACCUGCCAGCAGAGCUGCUGCUUCCCUGCAGACCAGGAAAUCUAAAGGCAAAAGAGUCCAGAAAAGGAAGAGGCGUGGGAGAAAUACUAGAGACAAAACAGCAGUUUCCGUGUCCAGAGAGACGCUCAGAUUCUAUGCAGACGCAUCGAGCCAGAUGCCCAGUCAGCCCCUGCAGCAGGAACCCGAGCCGGCGGAGCCGUCCUGGCUGUUCGAGGGAGUCGUGGGCCGGACGUGGGAGGGUGCCGGCGCAGGUGUCCGGCCCGCCCUGGACUCGCGGAGCAGCGUGGCCGGCUCCCGGUCCGUCCCCCGGGAGAGCGGCGUCAAGCAGGAGGGGCCCGGAGAUCAGCGGGACCUGGAGCUGCGGCGCUGGCCGUCCGAGUGCGUGAAGGAGGAGGAAGAGGAGUGUCCGCUGGGAAUACCCGGACUGCCGAAGCCGGAGCCUGUGGAGACGGCGGAGCUUCCUGGGAGCAGCCCGCCGGCCGGGAUUCUCCCGGUCCUCGUGAAGACGGAAGCACCGGACGUCGGGCCCGCGCUCCCGAGCCUCAAGCCGGAGAGGAGCAGCCCUCCCCACGCCCGCUCGGAGUGUCGGCUGCAGACGUGCCCCGAAUCCGCCCGGGAUACGCGGGAGAGCUGGUCUGGUCCAGCUGAGCGGCCGGAUCUCGGAUCCCAGCUUCCGGAUAUUAAAGAGGAGAAUCCGGGCUGGAGGCUCCCGCUGGAGAGCGCCCUUGUCCCAGCGGAGGACAGGAGGGACAGCCGGCCCGCGCGCCUCCUCUCGCCCCUCUCGCCCGCGCAGGCCAUCCUGGUCCGGCUCCCACCCACGGGCACCGCCCGCGCCCCAGUCCAGCUGCUCCUGCUGCCCGCGCUGAUCCGUGGGGUCCCGGGAGAGCAGCCCAGCUCGGCGUCCAGGCCCGCCAUGUCCAGUCCGGGCUCGGGUGUGUCCACGCCCGUCUUGAAUCCCGUGCCGACUGCGGUGUCCAGUCUGGUGUCCAGGCCCAUGUCCAGCCCGGUGCCGACCGCGGUGUCCAGUACGGUACCAACCACAGUGUGCAGUCCGAUGUUGACCGCUGUGUCCAAGCCCAUGUCCAGCUCGGUGUCCAGCUCGGUGCCCAGGCCCGUGUCCAGCUCGGUGUCCAGCUCCGGCCUGGCGCUGCUGCCGGUGCGAGAGGCUCUUCCAGCAGGAGUGGAAACUGCUCCGGCACCAGGCCGCCCGCCGCAGCCGCCCGUCCUGCCCCCGGCCCCCCCGCCCCAGUGAGCGUCCGCUGCAGGCCCUGCGCGCCGCCAGGGGGCUCCUGGGAUACGCGCUGGCCUCAUGCGGAUCUGUUGUUACUCCUGCCUCUCCGUACCGGCUGAACUGGACGUGUGUGUGCAGGCACAGGUGUGCGUGUUGAGCCUUUUCGGAGGCUCAUUCUUCUAGGCUGGGAACUUUUCCUGCUGUUUUUCAACAAAGCAGCCGCCAGGCAGCCGGAAUCUGAGGUCAAACAGUACGGACUCUCGGCAGGCGUUCCCCUAGCACAGCACGCGAGAGGGCGGGGCAGCGGAGCUCCUCGUACGUGUACGGGGUGUUAAACCCCUCCGCCGUCUCGGAUUGUGUCACGUCAAGAUGUUUUUGGGGAAAUAAAGAUGUGAAGAAUUUGAAAGGGCUGAAGGUGUAGUGUUGUGUGUAGCAGUAGCUGGGGACAUUUUCACACCUUUCCCCACAGGGGGUGAGAGGUAAAAGGGAAAGAGCAAGCGAACAGAGAGACGGAUCUGCUGGGAGAACCGAGGGUGAGAAACGCACGAAGCCCCGCUCAACAUGGCCGCUGACUGAACCGCUUCCGUUUCCGGGGGCACGCAGCGCAAGCGCCAUUUCGUGGCACCGCGGUGACGACAGUGCUGCGCGUCGCAUGGCGUCAUAGGGACGCGACGCAAGGCUGCCAAUUAGAAGUGAGGGUAAGAGUGUCCCAUCUUUCCCAAUACUUGUUUAUGUCCGGAAGACUGCGAGAGAGCAUCUAACGGGACUUUGUUGUUCACUUUUUUUUUAAAAAGGGAAAGCGUUGCUAUGUUAAAAAAA